CUCAACUCGCGUCGCGUUUGCUUCGACUUACGGUUACGACUACGACUACCACUACGAAGUUCGGUGUGCAUUGGAGAGCCAGCCGAUCUGUCCGAUCGGUAAACUGCCCGACAAUACAACAACAGCAGAAUCGUAUACACGAAAAUCGCGCAAUAAAUUCCACUAUUUUUAGCAUAUUACUUCAAGUGAAGUGUAAUGAAAUGUGUACAGCGGCAGCAGGGGCACUCUAACAACCUGUCGCAGUGGCUGGCAAAAAGCGUUAACAAUAAAUAAGCGAAACAAUAGCAGCAGCAGCAGCGCACCAGCAGCAGCAGAAACAACAACUCCAGUCGAACUGUAUAACAAUGAGGAGAGAAGGCAUCUCCGGAAAUUGCUAGUCGAGACCAUUAGCAGUCGAUAAACCGCAGCGCCACAGGAGAGACGAGCGCCCCAGCAUCCAAAAUUAAGGAAGUCAGUGGAACCAACAGAGCAAAAUGCACGAGAGACAAGUGAAGAAACUGAAGGGCAGCCAUUAUGUGGCCACUCAUGGGCGCCUCACACCUGACCCACCAUACGUUCACUCGAAUCGCGGCUACUCCACAGACGGCGAGGAGUCGCACUCCCAUCGCGCCCCCUCCGAGCGCACCUAUUCCGAGUAUACCCUCACCCACGAGCGCAUCUCGCCACAGUCCCAGUACAACUCGUCGCGGAAGAAGCGCUCCGCGAACGGACAUCACCAGCAUCAGCACCUGCACAGCUACAGCCACAGUCAGAUGGGCCUCUCCAGUUCCCCGGACAAUGGGGGACCACGCCCACUCAGCGGACCACCGCCCACGCGCCAGCCGCCACGUGCACCAUCCGCCCUUAGCUAUGAUCAUGGCGGGGACGGAGGCAGCGAUAUCUAUGUGACCAGUGCUGCCUAUAAGGCGCCCUCGGAGAUCAGUCGAUAUAGCCAGCGUCCAGUUUCGCGUGGACCCCCGCGUAGUGUCUAUUCGGUGGCCAGCACUGCCAAGACGGGACGGAGCGCUCGGUCUACCACCAAGAGGGGCGCUAAGAUCGAGACCAUGUCCGCUCCGAAUCCAUUCUGUCCGAAUGUGAAGGGCGUCUGCUGUCUGAUGCUGCUGCUGAACUUGGGCCUGAUCCUGGUCACUCUGGGCUUUGUCAUCGUGGUGCAGUUCUACGAGCCGCUUUAUGUGUGGAUACUGGGCAUUGUGUUCCUGAUAUUCGGCUUCCUCACGCUGAUAGGCUGCAUGAUCUACUGCGUGUAUGUGUGCCGCGAUGCCAGAACUCCGUCGCAGGUGCGUAACGAGGAUCUCUACUGGACCCGUCACUGGCAGAAGAACAUCGGCUAUACGCCACAGGAGAUCAACUACAAGGCGGACAAGUACGAUGCCUAUUCGGAUCGCUAUUCGGUUAGCAAGCUAAGCGGCAAGUACUCCGAUCGUGAGAGCCAGCGCUACUGAGGGAGGGGAAGGAAGAAUGGAGCGAACUAAUGUCAAAUAUGGAAUCAGAACUUCUUUGUGCUUUCUGGCAGUUGCAUGCGCCAUGAGAUAUUCGGAAAUAACCGAAACCGAAUCUGCCUUAAAAGCUUCCUCGUGCGGGCACAUACAUUUUAAUAGAAACAUAAAAACAACUUAUAUCUUAACUAAUUUUAAGACUAUGUACUAGUUCUAAACGGUUAUUAACAAGGCCCCUCAACGUACCUGCUGCAAGUUGCUUGCUAGUUUGUAUGUUAUAAGAGAGAUAUUGAAGGAAAGCGAGAGGAUACACGAGAGUAUUGUAAUCUGCCAUAUUUGAGAAGGUUUACCGCUCGUUCGGCUAAUCAACUGUAACUGCAAAUGCUUAUAACACAUGACAAA